GGAGAACAGGCUCUGGAACCAACGGAGAUAAGAAAAUGGUUCGAACUCGGAAACGACCUGAUUCCUGGGCCAAAGCUCAAAAGCAUCGUACCAGAUACGGCAAGGCGCUAGGGAAUUAUAUUAUUACUGUAUCCUAUCUUUUCGCGGGCGUUCUGAUGCGGUGGUGUCGUGUCAAGAUUUGGGGUCUCCGGAUCGUCGGUUCUGCGCAGUCUAGUAGUACAACACCAGGGGACUGACUGUUCACGAGAAAUAACCUUUUGAGGGCCUUUGAAUGGUCCAGAAGACUCUUUGAUCUCCCUGAAUCUUCAUGCUGUAGAUAGGCUGUUCCAUGGCACCGUCGCUGAUAGCAGGCUAUCAUAAUCGGUGAUUAACACCGUGCUUCUCACUCAUCGCAAGAACCUUAAAAAGGCACAUAAGCACUUGCUACUGCGCCCGUUCACCAGCUUCUCUAAAUCUCUGUGGAAUGCUCAGCGCAGUACAAAAAGACCUCGAAUUUCCCCCAAGCCCGGAGUAACUCAGCAACUAUCGAAAGCCAUACAGCCACCGGGCGUCUCUGCGCGACCACUAAAAGCGCUGGAAAGCAAUAUUGGGUUCAGGGAUCUGAGACUUGGAACUUUCUGUGCCAUCCGCUUGGACGUCCAAAAGCCAACACAUAUCUCAGCGGGUUUCUGCUGUCAAUUCUUGCUCUUCUUUUUUUUUUCUGGAAGCAGUGAACCCGAGGCUGUCAACGUUAGCCCGACGAUAAUUGGUUCCUAUUGUUGAAAACGUCGAGGUUGUAAGUGGAACUCCUUGAGCGUUUAAACAAGCGCCGAAAUCGGCAGAGGCAGAAGCUAGAAUCUUGAACUCGAAUAUGAAUAAUUACUUAGUUUCCGCGACAUAACUCCAAUUAUCAAGAUAACCUCGAAAAUCUUGAAUCUCUAGAGCAUUCCGCUGUAAUUUUCACUGCUAGAGCACUAUCCCGCUAAGCCUUAUACAGUAAGAGGGGCACUGUAAAUGCUCGACUCUGACUGGGUGGCUGAAGGGUCUGAAUUUUUUUGCGCAAACAUUUUCCCUCCAAAGAUGCCCCUCCAUGGUCACUCGGAGUUUUGUUUUCUUUGGUGGGGGAACAAUUGCUUGUGAUUAAUUUAUUCUUCUUUCUCCUCAAACUUCCAGCUUCUGGUCAAAGUUGAAUCAACCCAUUUUCCUUGAGAUAACAGCCUGCUUCCGCAGUCUGAGAACCUUUGCAAUGGCUACCUCAACUGUCCCCAAGACCUGCAAGGUCAUUACGGCUGAGACUAUCGCCAAGGGUUACCUUGGUGAGGUCAAGGACACAUUGGCCAAGAUCCAAGGCGAGAACCCUUGCACUCCCACACUGGCUGCUUUCCUCGCCAACGGUGAUCCCGCUGCCGUAAAGUACGCUGAGUGGUCCAAGAAGACUUGUGAAGAGAAGUGAGAUAUUCCUCUGUGUGGCUUGAAUAUCGCCCAGUCUAUCGGAUGAUGCUUGCCCCUCGACCUGGCGCUAAUGCAAAACAUAGCGGAUUCAACUUUGACCUCCGAACUGUGGACAAGGAGCUUCUCGAGGAGGAGAUCAUGAAGGCCAAUGAAGACGAUGAUGUCGACGGCAUGAUUGUCUACUACCCUAUCUUCCCCAACAACCCAUCUCACGACAAGUACAUCCAGGAGUCGGUUGACCUUGGAAAGGACGUUGAGGGUCUUCGACACAAGCACAUCCACAACAUGUACCACAACAUUCGCUUCAUUGACCCUCCUGAGAACCGCAAGAAGUCCAUCCUUCCUUGCACUCCUCUCGCUGUUGUCAAGAUCCUUGAGUACUUGCAGAUCUACAACCCCAUCCUAGCUUCCGGGAACCGACUUUUCGGAAAGACUAUCACCGUCAUUAACAGAUCCGAGGUCAACGGCCGACCUCUUGCUGCCCUCCUCGCCAACGACGGCGCCACCGUUUACUCUGUCGAUGUCACUGGUGUCCAAAUCUUCACCCGUGGAGAGGGCAUCAAGAAGGCCCGCCAUCAGGUCGAGGACAAGGAGGGCUGGAAGCUCGAGGACUGCCUUCCCCUCAGUGACGUUGUCAUCGGAGGAGUUCCCGUCGAGUCUUUCAAGGUACCCACCGAGCUCAUCCGCGAUGGUGCUGUCUGCAUCAACUUCUCCUCGUACAGAAACUUUGAUGGUCCCGCCAUUAAGGAGAAGGCCUCGAUCUACGUGCCAUCCGUCGGCAAGGUUACCAUUGCUAUCCUCUUGAGAAACUUGGUUCGCCUCAUUGCCAACCGGCCCUCCAAGGAUGAGUCGCAGAAGAGCGUCGAGGCCCGAGCUGAGGCUUUCGCUGACGACUAAAUGCUUUCACAGCAAAAGAAGAGACGUUUUGAAAGAAGGUUAUGAUUGUUUUGAACUAGACUAUGGAAAACGAAACACAACGGGGCUGGUCGCCCUGUAGAACGAAAUGCAUUUUAUAGGAGUUGUCAUAGAUGGGAUAUAUCAAAAAGCUGGGAUGACGGCAUGAUUGGAAAGACAUGUUCAACAUAAACCCUUGCGUGAAUGUCGUGAGCAUGUGUGGGCGUUGUUUCACGAACCAGUAAAACAUUGAGAUAUCGGCAGCUAAUUGUUCUGCAAUUCAUCAUAUGAUCUAUUUUUGGUAUCCCCGUGUUAUUAUCUG